AUGUCCGACGAGAACGGCCCCCGAAGUCCGACCUCGCCGGUCACGGCGACAAGCAAUAUCAGUAGGAAGCAGACAGUAUCCUCGCCAGGGGCGACGCCAUCACCUGCCCCCCCGGGGCACUCCAUCAAACGCGCCGUGACGGUUGAUGACGCUCCACAAAUGCGGCGCCGGACGCCGUUCGGUCAGCUAUCAACAGAUAGCUCAUUUGUCGAGAGGGCAGACCUCCAGAGGAGAAGGAGCUCAACGCUGUCAGAUUACAGCUUUGUGGAGGCUAGGGAUCUGCUGAACCCCCGGCCCGCUGGUGUAACGUCAUCUGACGACAUGUCGAAUUGGGCCUCGGUGCCUCUAGCAUUCGCACUUCUCCCGGCCGUCGGCGGCCUCCUUUUCAAUAAUGGCAGUGCCGUUGUGACAGACGUAAUGCUUCUUGGAUUGUCGUCCGUGUUUCUGCACUGGUCCGUGACGAAUCCAUGGAACUGGUACCAUUCGGCACAGGCAGUACGCGUUAGGGCAGAGGUUAAUGUGAGUGCUAUUAUUGACGAUGAGAGCGAGAAUGAGCAUGCGGUUGGAAGCCCUUCGUCGACGGCGUCGACCUUGAACGGUCAUGCAACCAACGAAAGCCAUGACGAUGCGUCCGAGGUCCCCACCACGCCCACGUCCUCGGUGCAGGAACAGGCACAGAAGGCCACGCAGCACACGAAGAAGGAAGACGCACUGGCCGAGUUGUGGGUGCAUGAAAUUCUGGCCCUUGUGUCGUGCUUCAUGUUCCCCAUGCUGGGCGCCUACUUGCUACAUGCUAUUCGCGCGCAGCUGAGCCGCCCCUCCGAGGGGCUGGUGUCAAAUUACAACCUUACAAUCUUCCUGUUGGCGGCAGAGCUUCGCCCGUUGUCACAUCUCAUGAAGCUGGUACAGUGCCGGACGCUGUCUUUACAGCGCGACGUGCACGCGAACCCGUUUAAGGAGGAAUCUGUUACACCAGAGCAACUCAAGGUGUUGAUGGCCAGGCUAGAGUUGUUAGAAUCACGACCUCAAGCGACGCCAAUCAAACAGAACGGCAGCUCGGACAACUCCAAGGUCAAACAAGAGGCUGCUAUUGCGCGUGAUGUUCGCAAUGCUAUCCAGCCAGACCUAGAUGCCUUGAACCGUGCCGUACGACGGUAUGAGAAGAAAGCUACGGUGCUUGCAUUCCAGACUGAGUCGCGCUUUGCGGCCGUUGAUACCCGUUUGAACGACGCCAUUGCUCUUGCUGCCGCGGCCGCCAAGAACAGCGUUGCCCGCCCGGGUUUUCUGCAAUGGCUGGUAGAAUCUGUGUGGGCAAUAAUCACAAUGCCCUUCUAUGCCAUCGUCGCACUGCUCGUGUUGCCAUUCAAGACUGUCCGUGGGCUCCUCAAGCGAAAGAAGAAGCAGUUACCGGAACGAGGCUCAAGGUCAAGCCGCAAUGGCAAGGCCAUGGGACAUGGUAGAAUGGCGACGGAUCGACCACCGAGCCGAGUUUCGAAGAGAUGA